GUCUAAUUGCUCUUGGCUACGGAGGCGUUGAUUCGCACAUAUAAUGCGAACUCUUCCCGUGUUCAAGGUCUUUCGUCAAGGUUGUCACCUACAUAUCCUGACUCAGGCCUCACAUCUCUUGACUCUCCGCACCCCACAACUCUCCCUGCAGAUCCCCCACAUGGGAACUUGGGCUCCACAAGCCAACAUGGAGCGAGACUCAGAUACCCAGACCACCUCGAAGCAGGCUAUCAAGGUCCAUAUGAAGACAUGGAUCGUCGUUACUUGCGUCAACUUUGCCUACUUCUCCCAACUCACAGCCGUCAUCGGUUCGGGCUUCCUAGCCCAGUCAAUUGCCCAGCUUCUGGGCGGCGCCUCGCAGACUAUGUGGUUCAACCAAUCCAUCAACCUUCUCGGAAUUGCAAUCUGUCUGCCUGUAUCCCAGAUGGCUGAUUACUGGGGCAGAAGAUGGGUUCUCAUAGUGCUACUUGCCAUCGGCUUCGCAGGCACUAUGGUGGUUGCCCGAGCCCAGAAUGUCGCAACUGUCAUCGCCGGGUUUGUCUUGAUUGGUGUCAGCUAUGGUGCCACGCCCGUCUUAUUUGCAGUGCCAUCAGAGGUCCUCCCUCGGAGCCAACGCUCUAUUGCCCAGUCGACCAUCAAUAUGUCAUCCAGCAUUGGUGGGAUCCUCAGUCUGCAGUUCGGCAUGUUCACUGGAAGUGAUAUGCUGAUUUCUGGCAUCGCAUUCGGCAUGUUUUUCAUAGUUGGCGGUUUGGCCACUAUUGUCUUCGGCUGGGCAUCGACCAAGUACCGGAUUACUCGUAUGCCUGGUAUACUCUGUUUGGGCCUAAUAGUCCUCUUCAACGUUCUCAUGGCGACGACCACACCAUCAACGCCUGAGGCAAACUAUUGGGGCUAUGCCAUCUUUGCUGGUCUUGGCCUCGGAGGUACCAUACCAACCUUCAUGGUCGCUGCACAGUUGACGACGCCACCGGAAUUGAUCUCUCUGGUAUCCGGACUUGUCAGCGUCGCUCGGCCAAUCGGCGGCGUGGUUGGCCUAGCCAUUAAUAACGCUAUUUUCCACGAGAGCCUUUCCACGGAGCUACGCAAGAAGAUCUCAGCAGCAGUUAUUCCUCUUGGAUUUUCGGCUUCGUCUCUCGAUGCUCUGAUCUCAGCUAUUACAGGUGGCGACGAGGGAGCACUCUCUGAGAUCUCUGGUGCGAGUCCCGACAUCAUCGCAGCAGCCCAGGGUGGUCAGAUGAAAGCCUACGGAAUUGCGUUUAGAAACUGCUGGAUUGCCGCCGCGUGUUUGUGCCUACCUGGCGUAUUCGUCGCCUUUUGGGCUAUAGACCCUCGCUCAGAGUUCAAAGAUCAUAUCGAUGCCCCCGUUGAAGUUGAAGUUGCAGAGGAGCAGAAGCGGUUGGAGGCUCUUCAAGUAGAGGAUGUAAAGGAUGAGUUGAAGAUUGGCAAAGAUUGAACAGGAGUGUUUGUUG